AAUUCGGUAAUUUUAUAUGGCAUGGAUGAAGAAAAAAGUCCAAUAUCAAUAGAAAUUGAAGAGGACUCCAAAAAUGAUAAAGAACCAAAAGAUAUCCAACCAACAUCCAAAGAAUGGAAGAGUCUCCGUAAAGUUUCGGAUAAAAUUCCUAUAGCUGUAUGGUUUGUAGUAGUCUGUGAACUUUGUGAACGUUUUACCUAUUAUGGUGUUUCAGGACCAUUUCAAAAUUAUGUACAAUUUCCGGAACGAACGGAAGUUGAUGGUCAAGCCGGAGCAAUUGGUGCUGGUCAACAAGUGGCAACUUCAUUGUCAUAUUUUUUUCAAUUCUUUUGUUAUAUAACCCCAAUUUUCGGUGCAAUUUUAGCUGAUAAAUAUUUUGGAAGAUAUAAGACAAUUUUAAUAUUUUCUUUGAUCUACGUAUUAGGUUUAAUUAUAUUAACUGUAACAGCAAUCCCUCCAGCUAUAAAAGCACAUUAUUCUUUACCAGGAUUAAUUGUAGCUAUGGUAAUUAUUGGAUUAGGAACAGGUGGAAUUAAACCAAAUGUUUCUCCUUUGUCAGCUGAUCAAUACACCAAAACUCAAGCAUUUAUUAAAAUUUUAAAAUCGGGGGAAAGAGUAAUCGUCGAUCCACAAAUUACUUUACAAUCAAUUUUUCAUUAUUUCUAUUUAGCAAUUAAUGUUGGAUCACUUUCAGUUAUUCUCACUACAAAUUUCGAAAAAUAUUUUUCUUAUUGGUUGACAUACCUUAUUCCACUUAUAAUGUUUAUGAUUGCUAUUUUUGUUUUAAUCUUUGGUAGACAUAAAUAUGUUAAAAAACCACCCGAAGGAUCGGCUAUAUUCGAUUUUUCAUAUGUAAUUUGGAUAGCUUUUAUUAACGGAAGAGAUUUAGAAAAUGCAAAACCAUCAAAUAUGUCAAAAGAAGAAUUACAAAAGAGAAAUAUUACAUGGAAUGAUGAAUUCGUGGAUCAAUCAAGAGAUGGUUUACGAGCGAUAAAAGCUUUCGCUUUCUUUCCAUUUUAUUGGGUUGCUUAUAACCAAAUGUAUAACAAUUUAGUAUCACAAGCUGCUACCAUGGAUGUAGGAUCAAUACCAAAUGAUAUUAUGUAUAAUAUUGACACUAUAACUGUAAUUAUAUUGACACCUUUUGCAAAUAGUAUUUUAUAUCCAGUAUUACAAAGAUUUGGAAUAAAUCUUGGAUUUUUAAUAAAAUUUCUAUGGGGAUUUAUAUUUGUUUCUGCAGCCAUGUUUUAUUCUGCAUACGUUCAACAAAUUAUUUAUAAUGCUUCACCAGGGUUAAUUUCUGUGUGGGUACAAACCCCUGCUUUUGUUUUAAUUGGAUUGUCAGAAGUUUUAUUAGGCAUUACAGCAUUGAAUUAUUCUUAUUAUAUGGCACCUGACCCAUUGAAAUCCACCAUAACAGCUGUUUAUUUGACAGCAAUUGGAUUUGGCAAUCUGAUAGGACUAGCGAUUGUACCAAUUGCUAAGGAUCCAUAUCUUGUUCAUAUGUAUUUAGCUUUAGGAAUAAUAUCAAUAAUUGCCGGAUUUUCAUUGUAUUGGUUUUUUGGAGAUAUAGAUGACAAAAUGAAUCAAAGAAAG